CACUCAUCCACUGUCGCCGACCGCAGACAACAACAUGAGAGCUUUUGUAUUAAUCUGCACUCUGGUGGCACUCGCCUCGGCCGGCAAUGUCCGUGAGAAGCGCGGCUUCCUCGGCGGAUACAGUGGUGGGAUCGGAUACGGUGGCGGAUAUGGCGGAUACAGUGGCGGAUAUGGCGGUUACGGAGGUGGACUCGGUGGUAUCGGAUACAGCAGCUACUCCGCUCCCGCUGUGGUCUCUGUCAACAAGGUCGUGAACGUCCCCAGAGUAGUCAGUGUACCCCAGGUCGUAUCUGUCAACAAGGUAGUCUCCCAGCCUCAGGUGGUCACUGUCAAUAAAGUUAUCUCCAGCGGUAUCGGUGGAUACGGCGGCGGAUUCGGUGGGUACAGUGGCGGAUACGGAGGAUACAGUGGUGGAUACGGAGGCGGAUACGGUGGCGGAUACGGAGGCGGAUACGGCGGCGGAUACAGCAGUGGAUGGUGGUGAACACUCUAGUCAGCGUAGUGUUCUAAUUUAAUUAUUGUAAGAAUACCUGUACCUGAAUGUAAAUAUAAACAUAAAUUUUA